CAUGCAGCUUUUCGUCCUAUGCAACAUGCCAUGACGUUCGACCGCAGGACUUUGCGGUACACUUCCAGGUUCGCUCUACGCAUAUUGUAUCGUUUUGCGAUUCGAGGCUCGCAUCUCGGAGAGCGGAAGAGGAAGGAGUAUGGGAGGGUCAGUACGUGCUUUAUAAUGCAGGCAACGAGUGAACACAUGCAUGCUAGUCCAGGGUCACCUUUUCUUUCUGUCUCUACGCGAACUCCUCGCUCUCGUCGCCGUCGUACUCACGACCAUCAACGUCUUCGCAACAACUAGUACUACGAGCGGUCGUAGAGUACGAAUACGGACGUAUGUGGAGUCACCACUCACCGCCCAACCAAAAACGGUGUGCGUGGUUCCGUCAGAUGCGGAUGCGGAUACAACGAACAUAUGGACUAGCGCAGACUCGCUCCGACUUCAAAGAGUCGCAAUGACGCCCGAAGAAAGCGUGCAUUAUAACCUCGACACGAACGCAGGAGGGGUCGAAUGGGUAUCCGUGCUCCCACACGGUCGGGGCGUCGUAUUCCUCAACUCCUCCUCCACCUCCUCCUCCUCGGACCCUUCCUCGCAUUCGUCUGUUUCGGCUAGGAAUGGGAAUGGGAAGGCACCGUACCGCGUUGCGAUGUUUCACCAAUUGGACUGUCUUAACGUUCUUCGGGAGGAAAUGGUCCUCCUCCAGCACACCCGCACCCGCACCUCCACCCACUCCCACACAGCCUCAGAGAGUCAGGACCGCGCACAAUUCUGCCUAAACUACCUUCGCGAAUCGAUCUUAUGUCACGCAGACUCGCAUCUCGAAAGGGUCCGGAGCGAAUUUGGGCUUGAGUCUGAGGAAAGGGGACGGGGAAGGGGGAGGGCGGUGGUGCUGGGGACGGAGAGGACGGAUUGUGUGGAUUGGGAGGGGGUGUGGAGGGGUGUUGAGGAGAAUUGGGGGGAGGUUAUGCGGGAGGAAGGGAGGGAGGGUUGAAU